AUGUCUACCACCAUCUACUCCCUCCCCAACGAAAUCCUCGGCCUCCUCCCCGCCUUCCUCGACAAGAUCGAGACCAUAACCAUCGCCUCCUCCAGCUGCCGCCUCCUGCGCGACACCUUCGCAACCGCCUCCCCGGCGACCAUUCUUCGCCUGGCCGCCGCGUCGGCCCCGACCUUCUUCCCGCCGCACCCGUACUUCCUGGUCGCCGCCACCGCCCGGCAAGCGAGCGAGUGGGCCGUCGGCGACGCGACGCGCACCGCCCUGCUCCACGAAGCCGUCCAGGGCGGCAUCGACGGGCUGUACGAGUUCUGCCUGGCGCACGCGGGGCACACGCUGGCCGGCAUCCGGCGGCUGCACCGGGCGCGCUUCGCCAUCGUGAACCCGCUCUGCGACCGCAUCGACCAGAUGGCCGGCCAGCAGUAUAUCACCACGGAGGAUUUCUGGCACGGCGGCGUGAGCGAGCCCAACACCCUCUGCACCGAGACCGACCGCUCCACCUUCCAGAUCAUCAUCUACGGGGAGCUGUUCGGGUGCGACAUGGAGGCGUUUCUGGCGGCGGAGGGCGCACCGCCCGCGACGCCUGUGCAUAGCAUCGCGACCCGCCUGGAGUACAUCAAGUACUGCGUGCCGGACUGGAUGUGCUACGGGGGAUACCCGGGAUUCGAGCCGCCGUCGCGGGCUCGGGGCCCCUAUGCGCCGCCGAUCGAUCCGAGAGACUUGCCCAUGGACCAGCAUGUGUUGCACCAUAUCCUUGAGUGCCGGCGGUGGAGGCGCAUGUGGGCCGGGGCCAUGAAGAUGGUCUCCGGGGAUGAGAGGGACGGGGAGAUUGAGCUGGAUGCCUAUGAGGAGGAUUGGCGCACCCGGUUGUGGCGCGAGGCGUUGAUGACGCAGGGCUUGUGGGGGAUGCAGCUGGUGACCUUGCCGGCGGAGCAGGUCGACAAGAAGUGGCUGGCUAAAGCGCGGUGGAUGCGGGAGCAGGUCCGAAAACUCCAGGGGCCGGUCGAGAUGAGCCAGAUAAAUGAAAUCUGCCACCUUGAGGUGGCGGUGGCCCCGGAUCCAUGCACCGAGGCGGCUGUUUGUGGGGUGUGUAAGUCCUCCAAUCCUUCAGCCACGUCCGCAAUAAGAUCAGAAGAGCAAAAUGCGCUGGAUUUUCGGCAGGUAGAAUGA